GCCCGGAGGGGGCGGGGCCUCGGGCACAGCGGGGCCUGGGGCGGCUGAGACGCCCUGAGGCGCUGGCUAGGCUUCGGUGGGGUCGCACCUGUUGCGUGACUCCACCACAGUCCAGCUACGAUAGUCCGAUCCUGAACACCCAGAGAGUGUUGAAAGAAGCACAGACGAGUUCCGGGUCCUGCUCUCUGGGGAGCACGUGGCCUGCUCGCCUCCUGAGCAGACAGCUGGAAGUCGGGACUCCCCGGGGUCUUCGAGGCUAGUUCAGCGGCCGAGGUCCGCGGAGGUCCGUCUCCCGCCUGCGGGCAAUUUUGAAAGACUGCCUUACUUCUUCCAUCUCGGUGCCAGAGCCAGGGAUCCUUGGAGCGAUUUGGCCAGGGUCUGGGUUCAGCCCUCCUCCCCUCCCUUGCGACCCCAGCUUCCCGGUUGUGCGGACCCUGGCGGGCAGUCUCCCACAUACCCCUCCGGGUUCCGGCAGUAUGGCCUCAGGGCCUCUUCCGCCUGCGGGGCUUCUGCUUCCUGCAUCAGUCACUCCCGCUGAGGGCGGGGCGGAGGAAGGGGUUGGAUGUGGCAGAGCCAGGCCCAGCUGGUGCGGCUCAGACUCCCCCCCGCCAUCUCCGCGGCGCGAGCCAUGGCAUCCAACCCAUCUGGCGCCGGCAGUCCCAAGGCCAAAUAUCCCUUUAAGAAGCUGGCCAGCCUGCAGGCCUCCUCUGCAGUACCAGAGGCUCGGGGUGGGCUGGGGGCCCCUCCGCUGCAGUCUGCCCGAUCCCUGCCAGGCCCUGCCCCCUGCCUCAAGCACUUCCCACUCGACCUACGCACGUCUAUGGAUGACAAAUGCAAGGAGAUUGCCGAGGAGCUGUUCAGCCGCUCCCUGGCUGAGAGCGAGCUCCGUAGUGCCCCGUACGAGUUCCCUGAGGAGAGCCCCAUUGAGCAGCUGGAGGAGCGGAGGCAGCGCCUGGAGAGGCAGAUCAGCCAGGAUGUCAAGCUGGAGCCAGAUAUCCUGCUUCGGGCCAAGCAAGAUUUCCUGAAGACAGACAGUGAAUCAGACUUCCAGCUCUUCAAGGAGCAGAGCGAGGGGCAAGGUGACCGGGGCCUGCGGGACCGAGACGUGGUGCUAGAGCGGGAAUUUCAGCGGGUCACCAUCUCCGGCGAGGAGAAGUGUGGGGUGCCAUUCACAGACCUGCUGGAUGCAGCCAAGAGUGUGGUGCGGGCACUUUUUAUCCGGGAGAAGUACAUGGCCCUGUCACUGCAGAGUUUUUGCCCUACCACCCGGCGGUAUCUGCAGCAGCUGGCUGAGAAGCCUCUGGAGACACGGACCUAUGAGCAGGGCCCUGACACCCCUGUGUCUGCUGAUGCCCCGGUGCACCCCCCUGCGCUGGAGCAGCACCCAUAUGAGCACUGUGAGCCGAGCACCAUGCCUGGGGACCUGGGUUUGGGUCUGCGCAUGGUGCAGGGCGUGGUGCACGUCUACACCCGCAGGGAACCUGAUGAUCAUUGCUCAGAGAUGGAGCUGCCAUACCCUGACCUGCAGGAAUUUGUGGCAGAUGUCAAUGUGCUCAUGGCCCUGAUUAUCAAUGGCCCCAUAAAGUCCUUCUGCUACCGUCGGCUACAGUACCUGAGCUCCAAGUUCCAGAUGCACGUGCUGCUCAACGAGAUGAAGGAGCUGGCCGCCCAGAAGAAGGUUCCACACCGAGACUUUUACAACAUCCGCAAGGUGGACACGCACAUCCACGCCUCGUCCUGCAUGAACCAGAAGCACCUGCUGCGCUUUAUCAAACGGGCGAUGAAGUGGCACCUGGAGGAGAUCGUGCACGUGGAGCAGGGCCGCGAGCAGACGCUGCGGGAGGUCUUUGAGAGCAUGAAUCUCACUGCCUAUGACCUGAGUGUGGACACGCUGGACAUGCACGCGGACAGAAACACCUUCCAUCGCUUUGACAAGUUCAAUGCCAAAUACAACCCCAUUGGGGAGUCUGUCCUCCGAGAGAUCUUCAUCAAAACCGACAACAGGGUCUCUGGAAAGUACUUUGCCCACAUUAUCAAGGAGGUGAUGUCAGACCUGGAGGAGAGCAAAUACCAGAACGCGGAGCUGCGACUCUCCAUCUAUGGGCGCUCAAGGGACGAGUGGGACAAGCUGGCCUGUUGGGCCGUGAAGCACAAAGUACACUCCCCCAACGUGCGCUGGCUCGUGCAAGUGCCCCGCCUCUUUGACGUGUACCGUACCAAGGGCCAGCUGGCCAACUUCCAAGAGAUGCUGGAGAACAUCUUCCUGCCACUGUUUGAGGCCACUGUGCACCCUGCCAGCCACCCCGAGCUGCACCUCUUCUUGGAGCACGUGGAUGGCUUUGACAGUGUGGAUGAUGAGUCUAAGCCCGAGAAUCACGUCUUCAACCUGGAGAGUCCUCUCCCCGAGGCUUGGGUGGAGGAGGACAAUCCACCCUAUGCCUACUACCUGUACUACACCUUUGCCAACAUGGCCAUGCUGAACCAUCUGCGCAGGCAGAGGGGCUUCCACACAUUUGUGCUGAGGCCGCACUGUGGGGAAGCCGGGCCCAUCCACCACCUGGUGUCGGCCUUCAUGCUGGCGGAGAACAUCUCUCACGGGCUGCUUCUGCGUAAGGCCCCAGUCCUGCAGUACCUGUAUUACCUGGCCCAGAUUGGCAUCGCCAUGUCCCCACUCAGCAAUAACAGCCUCUUCCUCAGCUAUCACCGGAACCCGCUGCCUGAGUACCUGUCUCGUGGUCUCAUGGUCUCGCUGUCCACUGACGAUCCCCUGCAGUUCCACUUCACCAAGGAGCCACUGAUGGAGGAAUAUAGCAUCGCUACCCAGGUGUGGAAGCUCAGCUCCUGCGACAUGUGUGAGCUGGCACGCAACAGUGUGCUCAUGAGCGGCUUCUCCCACAAGGUGAAGAGCCACUGGCUGGGACCCAACUAUACCAAGGAGGGCCCUGAGGGCAAUGAUAUUCGCCGUACGAACGUGCCGGACAUCCGUGUGGGCUACCGCUAUGAGACCUUGUGCCAGGAGCUGGCGCUCAUCACGCAGGCUGUCCAGAGUGAGACGCUGGAGACCAUCCUGGAGGAGGCUGGUGUCACCACAAGCCCGGGGCCUCAGUGAGCUUGGCCCACACAGGGCCCCCUGCAUCUCAGCACCUCGACCACGUUUCAUUCUCAGACCCCUCCCACCCUGUUGUGUCUGCAUGUGUCUGUUCUUCUUUGUUCUGUCCCGCAUGUCUCCAGCCUGGAUCUGUCCCUGUGCCACCUCUGUGAAAGUGGUGCCCAGAAUCUGCUUUGCCCUUGUCUGGGCCUGAAGGCCUGGCUUUGCUGGCUGCCCUGCCAAUGGCCCUGUCCCAGGACCCUCUGAAGCCUGGCUGUCCUGUGGGCAUCUAAGUGUCCACAGGGGCUAGGGAUGGUUGAGGGGGGCUGGCCCCUCUAGCCCUUGGGGUCCUGCCUGGGCAGAUCUUGUCGUGUGUGUGUGUCCGGGGAGCAGUCAGGUGGGGCCCGUGCAUACCUGAUGAGGGUCCGUGGAGCUCCAGCAGCUCUGUGGUGAGCACAGUUGGGCUGAACUCGGUCACAGCCCUCGCUGCCUGGACUCGGGCCUCGGAGGUGCUGGACCACCGCCUCCACCAAGUCACUGCCUAGCAGCCUUCUCUGUCCUUCCUCCGGUCUACAUGCUCCUCUGGUGUCAGCUUCCUGUGCCUCUGUGGGAGGGGGCAGCUGCCCUGUGUUGUAUCUGGAGCCAUUGCAGCUGGAGGGUCCUGAAUCUGUCACCAGCCCUGGAGGUGGUAUCCCCACUGUGAUCCCCAGAGUUUUGACCAGACCUGAAUCCACUUGGUCCCCUGUGUUGUGUUCUGGACUGAGGUCUUUGCUGUGAAAUGCAGUGUUUCAUACAAUCCCAUCUUUCCUAGUGCAUGAGAAAUAAAGGUUAUUUAAGUAACGAGGCAGGUGGGAUGUCUAUUGGGAGAGGGAGAGUCAUGGUGGGGGUGGCUGAGGGUAGAUCCAGGAGCACUGUGGGUAGAGGUACACAGCGAAUCCUAAAGUGGGUGACUGGGCUUGGCCGAUGUGUAUUUGCACACGUGGAAACUGAUGGAGGAAGCUGCGUGGGAGGAGAGGUCCACCAGGGACCCAUCUGCUGCCCCAGGCUCUCAUCCAGCCUGUCCCCCCUGAAGUAGACGCUUGACCCCAGGUCUAGGGCACACCCCUGUUGUACCACUUUGAGGGGGCCAGCAUCCCCUUCCACCUCCUACUUUCUCACUUCCAGCCUUUUGGGACAGCCGGGUACAUGUGGGAACAUGUUAUUUCCAAGCAGACCUGAGGCCAGUGGUUCUCGAACUUGGGACAUCAACUUGUUUAAAAUGCCAUGUCCAGGGGCGCCUGGGUGGCUCAGUCGGUUAGGCGUCCGACUUCGGCUGAAGUCAUGAUCUCAUAGCUCGUGAGUUCGAGCCCUGCAUCGGGCUCUGUGCUGACAGCUCAGAGCCUGGAGCCUUCUUCGGAUUCUGUCUCUCCCUCUCUCUCUACCCCUCCCCCGUUCAUGCUCUGUCUCUCUCUUCCAAAGAUAAAUAUUAAACAUUUUUAAAAAAAUAAAUAAAAUGCCAUUUCCAGGUCCUACCCUCAGAGGUUCUGUCCGUGGGUGGGAGGUGUGGCACAGACAUAUGCAAGCUCCCUGGCACAUUUUCUUAGAAGGGUUGGAGCAAGCCUGUGCCUUCAGAAUCCAGGCUUAACCAACUUGGCUUCAGUCCAUGUUCAAUGCACACUCUCUGGACCACCUUCCAAGGCAUAGAGGUUGCUGGAGUGUGUUGCCCAAGUAAAGGAGAAAAGUGGAAUGUGCCCUGUGCUGCUCUGGGUCUUGGGUGAGUGACAGAGAAGCCUAUGGAUGCUGUUGCUGCCAAGUGGGGAGUGGAUGGGCUUGCACUUCAGAAACAAUUAGCCCUGGAACAGCGAGAGCGUGUGUAAUCGAGGUCCUGGUGAGGGAGCAGGAGGCUGGCUUCCUCCCCUCCUGUUAGCUGGCUCUGCCCCAGCCCUGCCUCUCCUUUGGCAGACAGUGCAUCUGCACCUCACCCGGGGCCUCUGGGCAGAAGCUCUCCUGAUGCCCCUGGCUCCUGAGGGCCGUUAGCCACCAGCCUUGCUCCCAGACAAGGACAAGGGUCCAUCAGUCUCUAGAAGGCGUCAUUCACUAGUUCAUUCUACCCAUUACACAUGGUAAAAUCGAAUGUUAGAGCAGAGUGAUGAGCAAGAGACUGUACCACUGUGGCUGAUUUCUGGUUCAGGAAACAGGCUCAGGAGGUGCAAGUAGUCUGUGGCAGAACCUGGAUUGGAAGCUAGGGAGCUCAUGGUCUAGGGCUCCCCAACCCCACACUGGGCCUCGUCUACCCAAGGAACGAUGCUUUUCCAUAUAACAGAAUCCAUUCCGUUUUCUCACUGCUGGUACAUUCUGAGUGUGUGCUGAGGCCUAGCCCUAAGAAUACUACCAAUUUAUUAAAAAAAAAAAAAAAAUUUUUUUUAAAUGUUUACUUACUAUUUUGAGAGAGAGAGACAGACACAGAGUGCAAGCAGGGGAGGGUCAGAGAGAGAGGGAGACAUAGAAUCCAAAGCAGGCUCUAGGAUCUGAGCUGUCAGCACAGAGCCCAACGUGGGGCUCAACCCCACGAUGGUGAGAUCAUGACCUGAGGUGACAUCAGACGCUUAACCAACUGAGCCACUCAAGUGCCCCAAGAAUACUACCAAUUUAAAGAGUUUCUUAGCAACCUGUCCACUUUUUUAAAAAAAUGACUUGUUUCUGGUUUUUUAGUUUCUCAGAAAUUUCUCUUUUUAAACAUUUACUGAGAGCAAGUAAUUUUAAGACAGUAAGGCCUUAAUAGUUUUUCCUAUCUGAAAAAAAUUUCAUUUAGAGAAAUUUGGAAAAUCUAGAAAAAUGGGAAGAAGAAAAUCCAUUCACAAUCCACCAGUUUCAACAUACAGAUCAUCUGUCUGUGAUCUAUUUAUGUAUUUUGAAUAUAUAUAUAUACAUAUAUUCCUUUAGGUUCUUUUCUAAAAAGGAAUUUUUAAGUGGAGAUCAUAAUAUGUAUAAUUUUGUGUUCCUAAAAUAUUUUAAUGUAAGUCCACAUUUUAUUAAAAUAUUCUUUAUAAAUACAGGCAUACCUCAGGGAUUUGGCGGGCUGGGUUCCAGACAACUAUGAGGACUCGAAUAUCACAAUAAAGUGAGUUGAAUUAAUUUUUGGUUUCCAAGUGCAUAUAGAAGUUAUGUUUAUACUAUACUACAGUCUACUAAGUGUGCAAUAGCAUUAUAUCUAAGAAACAGACUACACACCUUAAUUUAAAAAUAUGCUAAAAAAUGUUAACCAUCAUCUGAGCGUUCAGCAAGGCAUCACCUUUUUGCUGGUGGAGGUUCUCACCUGGAUGUUGAUGGCUGCUGGCUGAUCAGGGUGGUGGUUGCCGAAGGCUAGGCUGGCUGUGGCAAUUUCUUAAAAUAAGACAACAGUGAAGGUUGCCCCGUUGGCUGACUCCUCCAUUCACAAAUGAUUUCUCUGUACAAGUGCUGCUCUUUGAUAGCAUUUUACCUACAGUGGAACUUUCAAAAUUAGAGUCAAUGCUCUCAAACGCUUCUACCGCUCUAUCAAUUUUGUGUGAUAUUCUAAAUGCUUUAUUGUCAUUUCAACAAUCUUCACCAGAAGCAGAUUCUAUCUCAAGAAACCACUGUCCUGGGAUGCCUGGGUGGCUCAGUCGGUUAAGCGUCCGAUUUUGGCUCAGGUCAUGAUUUCAUUGUUCCCAAGUUCGAGCACCGCAUCAGGCUCUGUGCCGAGGGCUCAGAACCUGGAGCCUGUUUCGCAUUCUGUCUCUCCCUCUGUCUCUUCCCCUCCCCCACUUUCUUUCUUUCUCUCUCUCUCUC